AUGGAAUCUACGGUUCUUCUCAUGCCAACCAGCAGUUGUCUGGUUAGUUUAACCGAAUGGCCAGCGUUUGUGCUGCCUCUUGAUGAAGUUGAAUUUGUUAUGUUCGAACGCGUUAGUCUAUCUAUUCGGUCCUUCGACAUGGUUUUUGUAUUCAAAGACUAUAAGCGAAAACCAGCCAUGGUCAAUUCGAUUCCUGCAACUAGUCUUGAUCUGGUUAAGGAGUGGUUGGUAUCAUGCGAUCUCUACUAUGCAGAAGGUAGUAAAUCGCUCAAUUGGCCUAAGCUGAUGAAAACAAUCGUCGACGAUCCCGAAGUCUUCUUGGAACAGGACGGUUGGGCUUUUAUCUCGCCUGAUGAU